CUCCAUGCAGCCCUCUUGAAAUGGAUGAAGAGGCAAAGAAAUGACUCCUUACUCGUUUUAUUUUGAACGAGCGGAGCGGAAGUUGAAUCAGCUGAGUUGACCCUCCAGAAACACGUUGAGCUUAGUUGUCAAUCAAAGUGGGAUCCACCGCUCGACAGUCAGAAACCAUACUGUUUAUUAUUAAUUCAGGCUGUGUGUCAUAGCGGUAUGAACGGGCCCAUUUGUGCACGAUUUUCAGUGUGAAUACAAAACCGCGGGAGGAUAUGCUGUGUUUUUUUUUAUUUUUUAUCUUUCAGUAAUCUUGUUCAGGAAGGAAACACUUGCACUGCAAACCAGCAGCAGAUCUGAGCUAACCAAUGUUAGUAUUUAACUGCUUCUUGAUUCCUUUUCACUGCACUUUUUGGAAAUGAGAACGACAUUAUUCCUGCUGCACGCCAUCUCCUGCUGCUGGUUGGUCAGUGCCACACUUUCAAAAACUGAUGCGAAGAAGUUCAAUAAAGCAGAGGCCGAGGCGUCAACACCUGAGCUGUCUGUGUUGGAGAGAGGCCUUGUUGUGUCAGACCCUAACUGGAAAGACAUUGUGAAGGAGGAAAAGAGACACAGUGCCCACAUCAAAAAAACAUUUCAAGGACAAGUUCUUGGAUAUGUCACUCCUUGGAAUUCCCACGGCUAUGACAUUGCCAAAACAUUUGGCUCUAAACUGACUUCAGUGUCUCCAGUGUGGCUUCAGGUCCGCCGACGGGGCCCUGAAACCUUUGACGUUACAGGACUCCAUGACCAUGACUCAGGCUGGGCCAAAGCUGUACGCAAGUCUAACAAAAAAGUCAGGAUGGUGCCACGGCUGUUAUUUGACGGCUGGUCUUACCAGGACUACAUGAGUGUGCUGGGGAGUGAAGAUGAAAUUGAGGAGCUUGGGAGUGAGCUGGUGGAUGUUGCAAAGACUGAAGGUUUCGAUGGCUUCACCUUGGAGCUGUGGAGCCAGCUGGGAGGUAACAAAAGAAAAGAGCUGGUGCACAUGGUGAAACACGUGUGUGAGACGUUAAAGGCAAAAAGAUUGGACUGCAUUCUAGUCAUUCCACCUGCAGUGACGAGUGCAGGUCAGCCGGGAAUGUUUGGCAAGGAGGAGUUUGAGCAGUUGGCCCCUGUAGUGGAUGGAUUCAGCCUCAUGACGUACGACUACUCUAGUGGUUCCAGAGCGGGCCCGAGCUCUCCUCUGCCCUGGGUGAGAGAAUGUGUCCUCCAGCUUGCACCCGACACUCAGUGGAGGCAGAAGAUUCUGCUUGGACUCAAUUUAUAUGGCCUUGAUUUUGCAAGCCAGGGAACGGAGCCUAUUCUGGGGGGAAGGUACAUCGAGAUUUUGCGAGAAUACCGGCCUAAACACCUUUGGGAUGAAUAUUCUGGCGAGCAUUACCUCAGUUACAAGAGCAAUGCUGACAAACACGUGGUGUACUACCCCUCAUUAAAGUCACUCUACAUGCGGAUCUCUUUAGCAACUGAGCUGGGAACAGGGAUCUCCUUGUGGGAACUGGGACAAGGACUGGACUAUUUCUAUGAUCUCCUAUGAGAGUCCAAUGAAGACUGUGGACAUACAAGGAGGGGGGGGGGGUGUUCCCCCUAAACAUGUUGCUGCAAAAAAAAAAAAAAAAAAAAAAUCAAGAUCUGUAUGCUGGUGUACCGUUUCUUUUGUGAGUGAGUGACUUGUUCUCAACUUUUUUUUAAAGGUUUAAAAAUCAAUUUGAACAAAUCUGGGAUUUGUAGAUUCAAAUGGUAUAAGAAGUGGAUAAAUGGUAUUUAAGGUUGUUUUUUUUUUUAACACAUGGAUGAAACCAACUGAAGGAGAUCAACUUGUACAGUCCAGUCAGAGAGCAAUACAUCUCAAUUCAACAACAGAGGGUGCAUGAUCAUCAAUAUGUAUAUGACAGUUCAACAGAAGGGUUAUGCUGUUGUUCUUAGGCCUUCAGAGUUCACCUGCUACAAACAUCGGCAGCCUCUCUUCAUUCCAAAUCUUCCGCUCUUUAGCUUUUUAUUUACCACGAACCAUUUCUGCACUUGAAGAAUGUGGUUUUCGCUUUCUGUGAAAAUACAUCCUUUUCUGGUCUUUCUCAAAACUACAUCCAUCCCUGAUGCUGAAAGUUUUCUUUUUUUAAAUGUUCAAAUCGGCACAUUUGAUCGUGUGUUUUUUAUUAAUUGUAUUCCUUUUAUAAUUGACCAGGUUUCAGGUUGUAUUUACAGUUUUGCCAAACAUCUGUUCUGACGCAAAUCUUCCAGAAUGUUUUUAAUUGUAUGAAUAUAAAUUUGGAAUGACUCAGCAGUUGA